UUUCCUGUCAAACCUUCUUUACCUUUGCAACAAGUAGCAAAAUAAGCUUUAGCUGAAACCUCGACCCCUUCAGCUAAAGACCCAUUUGUUCUUUUGCCAUGGCCAACACCAUUCUCAGAUUGAAACACCAUAGAGAAGCAGUCUAUGCUUUGAAUCUCCUAAGUCUUGUUCUGGUGAUGCAAACAGUUGGUGCAUUCGAUUUCAAGGUUGGAGAUGCCAAUGGAUGGACUGUGCCUGCUGAUGCAAGUGUAAACACCUACAAUCAAUGGGCAGAAACGAAGCGAUUCCAAAUUGGAGACUCUAUAUUGUUCGUUUACCCAGCUGACAAGGACUCAGUGCUUCAAGUAAACAAAGCAGACUACGAAAGCUGCAACACAAAAUCACCCAUUGCAUCAUUUAAAGAUGGCCACACUUCAUUCAAGUUUGAUACAAAUGGUCCUCACUACUUCAUAAGUGGAGUUCCAGAGAAUUGCAAGAAGAAUGAGAAGAUAGUGGUUGUUGUCAUGGCAGAUCGAAGCAACAGAGCUUCUACCACAAACCAGACGAGCUCUGCAUCUCCUCCUUCACCUUCAGGUCCCAUUGAGAAUGCCCCAGCUCCUUCUCCUGGUAUGGAGAUUGCUCCAUCCACUCCUAGUGUGGGUUCACCCACAAGUCCUGCUAGUGGAGCUUCUUCCAUGUUCGUGAAUGCAAUUGCUUCUAUUGCAGCUUUUGCUGGUUCUUCUCUGCUUUUAGUCCUGUAAUUCGUUUUGAGUGGUUUUCCAGAGUCCGAUUUCCAAUUUUUUUUUUUUUCCUGUUUUCAUUGGAAAGAUUCUGUUCAUAAUUUUUCUGCCAUGGACUUUUGAGUGGUUUGCUUGGUUUUUCUGUAUAUUUUGCUGGAGUUUGAAAAUAAGAUUUGGAAUAGUACUUAGGUUAUUUGGCUGUACAUGGGACAAAUGUAUACGAAGGAAUAAAUGAGUUCUUCUGUUCGUGUGAAAA